ACCGGGGCCUAAGAGGAAGGACCACGGCAAGGGGGCGUGCCGAGCGACGGCUUCCGGCGGAAACGGGAGUGAGCAAGAUGGCUACCACCAAGCGUGUGCUGUACGUGGGUGGGCUGGCAGAGGAGGUAGACGACAAGGUUCUUCAUGCUGCUUUUAUCCCUUUUGGAGACAUCACAGAUAUUCAGAUUCCUCUGGAUUAUGAAACAGAAAAGCACCGAGGAUUUGCUUUUGUUGAAUUUGAGUUGGCAGAGGAUGCUGCAGCAGCUAUUGACAACAUGAAUGAAUCUGAACUCUUUGGACGGACAAUUCGAGUCAAUUUGGCCAAACCAAUGAGAAUUAAAGAGGGCUCUUCCAGACCAGUUUGGUCAGAUGAUGACUGGUUGAAGAAGUUUUCUGGGAAGACUCUAGAAGAGAAUAAAGAAGAAGAAGGACCUGAACCUCCCAAAGCAGAAACCCAAGAGGGAGAGCCCACUACAAAAAAAGCACGGUCAAAUCCUCAGGUGUACAUGGACAUCAAGAUUGGGAACAAGCCAGCUGGCCGCAUCCAAAUGCUCCUACGAUCUGAUGUUGUGCCCAUGACGGCAGAGAAUUUCCGUUGCCUGUGCACCCAUGAAAAGGGCUUUGGCUUCAAGGGAAGCAGCUUCCACCGUAUCAUCCCCCAGUUCAUGUGCCAGGGUGGUGAUUUCACAAACCACAAUGGCACAGGAGGCAAGUCCAUCUAUGGAAAGAAGUUUGAUGAUGAAAACUUCAUUCUCAAACACACGGGACCAGGCCUUCUCUCCAUGGCCAAUUCUGGCCCAAACACCAAUGGCUCCCAGUUCUUCCUGACCUGUGACAAGACGGAUUGGCUGGAUGGCAAGCAUGUGGUAUUCGGGGAGAUCACUGAAGGCCUGGAUGUCCUACGGCAGAUUGAGGCUCAGGGCAGCAAGGAUGGGAAGCCAAAGCAGAAGGUGAUCAUCGCUGACUGUGGAGAGUACAUGUGAUGCCUUUGUAAGACAAGGAUGGAGCUGCCUGGCCUCUGGGGUCCUGGUGCUCAGUGGGUCCUGUGAAGCAGUUUUGUGUCGCCCAAGCCCUUCUUCGGAUCAACUUCCUUAGCAACGGCUCCUCUGCAGUGCCCAGGCUCUUACUUUAGACGUGGCUGGGCCUUAAAGCCAGGAUAGGAAAUGUGCUGCCACAGCCUGUCCUGGGGGCUUUAGCCACUGGGUGGCUUCUUUGCUAAAAUAAACUGUUUUUUGUACUGUUGCCUCCAGCAAGUUCCUGGGAGCAAUCCAUUAGAGAUCACAUCCAUGGCUAAACUGUCCCCGGGAUAGGAUGGCAAGUUUGUGAAGGUGUGAUACCUUCCCAUGGCUUUUGUUUCCUUCCUGGGGCUAAUUCCCUUACAUGCCAGGUAAGGUAUCUUUAUGCCAGAUGUCAUUGUCAGAUCCUGUCAGGGCAGCAGGAAUCAGAGCUGCCUCUCUCUGUUGCCUCUGUCUGGAACUCAUGCUGGUGUCAGCUCAGUAGCUCCAGUGUCUAACAUUCACGGUGCAUUCUCAGGUUUUUUAAAUGGUAUAUUAUGACUCAAAGAGCCGAUUCUGCUGGGGACUGGGCUUCUUGUCAGGAGACAGGAGGUUGGCAUUCUACCUGGGCUUCAGGCAGCCCGCUACUGGUUUUUGUGAAUGAGGUUGUAUUGAGACACAACCAUAUCCGUUUAUGCUGGAACACUGCCUGUGGCUUCUUUCUCAUUACAGCAGUAGAAGCAAA